CAAUGGCGGGGCGACGAACUGGAAUCAGAACUCUACUCUUAUGGCUUCCUCAUCCUCUUACGAGAAAUACGAUAUCAGGAAACGCAAUCCAAACCCUAAAUCUUGCGUCCUUUUAGUAAUCGACAUGCAAAACUACUUUUCCACCAUAGCCAAACCAAUCCUCCCUUCAAUCACCACCACAAUCGACCUCUGCCGUCGCGCAUCCAUUCCAAUAAUCUUCACGCGUCACUGCCACAAAUCCCCCGCGGAUUACGGCAUGCUCGGCGAGUGGUGGAACAAUGAUCUCGUCUUUGACGGCACGCCCGAGGCGGAGUUGAUGCCGGAGUUACGGCGGUUACCGUCUGAAGAGGUGGUGGAGAAGAAUACCUACAGCGCUUUCAGAGCUACAGACCUAGAGGAUCGAUUGAAGGAGAUUGGCGUCGAAGAGGUAAUCGUGACUGGUGUUAUGACGAAUCUGUGCUGCGAGACGACGGCGAGAGAGGCUUUCGUUAGGGGAUUUAGGGUUUUUUUCUCUACAGAUGCGACUGCAACUUCUUCGCUGGAAUUACAUGAGGCGACGUUGAUGAAUAUUGCUUACGGAUUCGCUUACUUAGUCGAUUGUAAGAAACUGAAGAAUGCGUUAUCAUCCGUUGCAAAUUCAUGAUACAGGUCAGUUUCAAUUCGAAAUACAUAAUUAGAAUUAGGGUUCAUGAAUCUAUGAAAAUCAAAGUUGGGAUUUGUAUAGAAAGUUUAGCAGAUAAUAAAGUGAUGCAUUUGCUGCCUUCAAAUUGGUUUGUAUAGAAAGAAUUACUGCUACUGC